GUUCACUGCUUCAAGGCAGUCAUCCUCCUUUACACCUAUUGUUCCCAUUCCUGUCACUACCUUUUCCUGCAGGCAUCUGUAUCAGAGAUUGGUAGUGACAGCAGUAAGGUCAUAGAGACAGCAGCCAGCCAGCCUCAGUCCUCGCCACAAGAGCACAAUAUAGAGAGAUACCUGAGAAAAGGACUAGAAAUGGGAUUUGGAAGAAAAGGGGGGGAGGAGGGAGGUGAAGAAAAGAGGAGAGGAAGGGCAGAGGAGGGAAAUUGAGAGGGAGAAAGAAGUGGAGGGUAAGGGUGGGAGGAAAUCGGAAAUGAGAAUAAAAAGACCAGCCUAGGAAGAAAGAGUCAAGGGGAAAGGCUAGGAUCAGGGAAUGAAAGGCUGGCAGAAAGAGAAAGAGGAGGGAUGAGGUGGAGUGGAAAAGAGAGGCAGGGAUGGAGGGAGGAUAGGGGAAUCGAAUAAUGGCAAGAGGUGAAAGGCUCAGGUAGGAGUGGGCCACAGGACGUAGAAGGAGCAGAGAGGAAGGGGACGGACAGAGGCUGAGAGGGACAAAAGGGAGUGGAAGGACCAGAGAGCCGGGAAUGGGAGGAGGGCGACACAGAGGGGAGGCACUGUGAAGCGGGACAGUGCGCUGCGGCUCCUCCCAGGCAGCCCGGGAAGUUUGCAGAGCAUCCCUGAGACACUGCAGAGCGCUGACUCGCUGCAGGGGAGAGAGAGUCACACGGUGCGGCUGGGGGAAGGUUCAGCUGGAAUUGACGCGUUUGCUGUCUGGUCCCUGCUUGGCCCGGAACAGAGUCGGUGAGUGGAGAAAGCUGGGAGCCAAAAAGAAGCAGCUUCGGGGGCAUUUGCCUCAGACCAGUGCAGCUGCAGGCGCGCCGGACCCGUCACUCACACCCAGAGGACUAGGAGGACACCCACAGAGACACCCCAUCUUCUCCAGGAUGCUGGGUCCCCGAAUGCUCCCGAGCGGCAGAGGCGAGCUGAGAGUGUGCAGGCAAUAGCUCGGGUGUAGAACGUUCUUGGUUUCGCUGCCACUGCUGGAUGUUGACAUGCAACAACUACCGAAGCCUGGGGCAUCUUUAAACGACUCAGCAAACUGCGUUAGGGAAUGUGACUUGAGCUCCCUCUUGUGGAAAGAUAUUGGAAUUAAACUUUCAUGAUUUUAAAAAACAACACAAAUUAUGGCAACAGUUACCAUGCCAUUUGUUGCUACGUUCACCCCUCCAGAAAAUGAAGAAUCUGACUCUCUAAUCGUGCUACAUUAUAAUUAUACAGGGAAACUUAUUCUAAAAGAAAAGGCAACUGAUCACAUAGGGUUAACAACUGUUUCAUUUCUGAUCAUAUGUAGUUUCAUAGUCCUGGAAAACUUGAUGGUGUUGAUUGCCAUAUGGAAAAAUAACAAAUUUCACAACCGUAUGUACUUUUUUAUUGGCAAUCUAGCUCUCUGUGAUCUGUUGGCUGGAAUUGUUUACAUAGUAAACAUUCUUAUGUCUGGAAAAAGAACUCUGAGCCUGUCCUACACACUAUGGUUUAUUAGGGAAGGAAGUAUGUUUGCUGCCCUAGGAGCUUCCACUUUAAGCUUAUUAGCCAUAGCCAUUGAGAGACAUUUAACUAUGAUUAAAAUGAGGCCUUAUGAUGCAAAUAAAAAGUACAGAGUCUUCCUUCUUAUUGGAACAUGUUGGCUUAUCUCGAUUUCCCUGGGUGCCUUACCAAUCCUCGGCUGGAACUGUAUCAACAAUUUACCAGACUGCUCAACAAUUUUGCCUCUUUAUUCCAAGAAAUAUGUUGUAUUUUGCAUAAGUAUCUUCAUAGCCAUUUUGGUGGCAAUUGUUAUCCUUUAUGCACGUAUUUACAUACUGGUAAAAUCCAGUAGCCGUAAUGUCACUAAUCAUAGUAACUCAGAGAGAUCUAUGGCACUACUUAGGACAGUUGUUAUUGUAGUUGGUGUUUUCAUUGCCUGUUGGUCUCCAUUAUUUAUUCUGUUGCUUAUAGAUGUAGCCUGCAGAGUAAAAGAGUGUGCCAUUUUAUACAAGGCUGACUGGUUCAUUGCUUUGGCUGUCCUCAAUUCUGCAAUGAAUCCCAUCAUCUAUACGUUAGCCAGCAAGGAAAUGCGUCGGGCUUUCUUUCGCCUUGUUUGUGGCUGUCUAGUGAAGACCAAUGUGUCUAGAUCUUUGCCUAUUCAGCCCACUCCAGAUCAAAGCCGAAGUAAGUCUAGCAGCAGUAAUGCACAGAAACCAAAGGAUGAUUUCCCACAGAUUAGUGUUCCCUCAAGUAUAACUGAAAAAGAUAAAUCACCAUUUCAGAAUGGAAACUUGUGCAAAUGAAGGAUUCAGCAAGUCAAGGACUCGUCUAUGGCUUUUUAGGAUUCAAUUACAAACUUUCAUUUUUCAUGCACUUAAAUCAUAACUUAAAUCAUAGGGGAAAAUACUAACCACUUAUUUAACUGAGUGUCUAUUUAUCACAUGACUUGUUUUGGUUUGGGUUUUAAUUCUGUAAAAGAUCUGACUCAGGAAAGCUUUUUCUACUACCCAACAGUCUGCCCAAAAUUCUUGUGUAUCAUUAUUACAUGUAUGACAUCAGUGUAUUUGGUAAAGACUGAUCUUAUAGUACAUCUACAUCACCUACAAGAAAGGUCAGCUAUUAUACAUAUCCUACUAUCCUGUUUAUUGUUAAUUGGGACAAAAGUUACUUACAUUAUACAAAGUGCAUUAUAUUUCUCUAUACAUAUCUUGCUAUUAUGUUAAUAGCCUUACAUGUAUGUGAUAUAAAUAACUGUAUAUUUGUACAUUUCUUUAUUAAAUAGUAAUUGUAUGGCAAAACUUUGUAUUAUGCUACGCAUAGUAUUACAGUAUAUAAUGCAAUAAUACAGAUUAUACAAAUAUGUAGAAAUUUCAAAUAGUAUGUUUGAAAAUGUAUGAAGUAGUAAUCCUGAACUGAGCAGCUGAAGAUGCUAUGUCUACUCAGUAGGUUUUCUUGCAACCAGUAACCACAGAUUGCUCAUGUUUGCAUAGUAACAGUAUGAUCACUAGGGCUGUGGCCAAAUUUUUUUAGUUUAUUUUAAGCAAACUGUAGCAAAUAACCAUUGACAGUGAGUAUAUAUGUUUGUUAUUCAAGGUAGUUAAAAUGUGAUCUAACAAUUCACACAUAUAUCAAGUGUAGGUACUUUUUCAAUGCAUGUAUUUUUACUUACAUUUUAAAUACUGUAUAUUGCAAACAGUAUGUUAAUCUGUGAAAGUCUCUACAAAGUGGCAUUCUUCCACAGUUAAAGCAGGCUUCCUUUUAAAAGGCAAUGGACCAUGACAAAAUACUUUCAGAACCUCUAGAGUUCCAUCCAGGAGCUAGUACAGCGUGAAGCUAUAUUAACAGCUUCUAGGGACAGAUCCAGCUCAUGCAGAACUGUUCGUUUGGCGUCAUGCUGUACAAGAGAAGGGAUAUCAGAGUUUGUUCCUCUGGAUGUGGGAUGACUGCCCAUGAGUCCACUGGGGACCAGUCCCUCUGCACCCAUCUUGGCACCCCAAAUCUAUCCCCUCUGAGGACUUUGUGGACUUUUACUGCCCCGCUGUCCCCUUCCAAAUGCAUUCUCUCAAGAGGAGAUAGUCUGGUCCAUUGUGAUUAACAGCUCAUAAAUAUAUGGGCCCAGAGCCUCAGCUGGUCUAAAUCAGCAUAGAUUGCUUGAAGUCAGUGCAGCAUGCCUGAUUCAUAAAUGAAUUGUGUUUUAAGGCUAGGAUUUUUCAAAGGGACCUAUGUGAAUUAGUGCUCGAAUUAGCUCCCAUUGACUUUCAAUAAAAAGAAGAACAGGAGUACUUGUGGCACCUUAGAGACUAACAAAUUUAUUAGAGCAUAAGCUUUCGUGGA